AUGGAUUUUUUAUUUGGCCACCAGAAGACCACAGAGGAGAUGCUAAGGCAGAACCAGCGGGUGCUCACCCAGGCCAUGAGGGAGCUCGACCGAGAGAAGCAGAAACUGGAGCAACAAGAGAAGAAAAUCAUAACCGACAUUAAAAAGAUGGCCAAACAGGGGCAAAUGGAUUCUGUCAAAAUUAUGGCUAACGAUAUGGUCCAAACGCGGCGAUACAUGAAGAAGUUCAUAACGAUGAAGGCAAACAUCCAGGCCGUGUCUCUAAAGAUCCAGACCCUGAAGUCUAACAACUCCAUGGCCCAGGCUAUGAAAGGGGUUUCUAAAGCCAUGGCCACCAUGAACAGACAGUUGAAGCUUCCUCAGAUCCAGAAGAUAAUGAUGGAAUUUGAAAAGCAAUCAGAAAUUAUGGACAUAAAGGAGGAAAUGAUGAAUGAUGCCAUUGACGACGCCAUGGGUGACGAAGACGAUGAAGAGACGUACGUAGACACUGAUGCUGUGGUCUCUCAAGUCCUGGAUGAAUUGGGCCUCACACUGACUGAUGAGCUGUCCAACCUUCCCAGUACAGGAGGUUCCCUCAGUGUGGCCGGAGCCAAGAAAGGAGAACCCACAGCUGCUUUAGCCGAUGCUGAUGCAGAUCUGGAGGAGCGGCUGAACAAUCUGCGACGGGACUAAAAAGUCACACCCUGCACUACACAGACUCUGGGUUUUAUCUUUGUUAUAUAUGGGGAUGUAGAGAAAUGGUUCAGAGCCUGGUAUACUGAGAGCAGUAGAAUGGCUGGAUUGCAGUCAGCGUGUUCAUCUUCUGUCCCCGGGCCAUUAGCUGCCCCUUGCUCCCUUCCGUGCAGUAGUAACCGGACGAAGAAGACUGUUCUGAUUUUAUAUGAUUACCUUUUUGUUGCUGAGUUCUUAUUCUUGUGUUUCUAUCUUCACUCCGCUUUCAUACAGGGCAACAGGCGUCCUCUGUAAAUAAAACCUGUCUGGAGAACCAAAGCCUUUUAUACCACUCCCUCUGUGUCCCUACACUGCUGCUUCUUUAAAUAUAAAAAAUAGGAGCAAAAUCGCAAAUUACCAGCUACACAGCUCCAAAGUCCCUGCACUCUCCCGUUGAAAAAAAUUCCGAUUAACUGGGGAACGAACAGAACACUUAUAUGGUGCCCUCCUUUUUAUCUUCUUAGUUGCAGAUCUGCUAAUUCUUAGGUUCCUCUUCUGCCACCCACUUCUCAGACUUUUCCAGCCCUGCUCUUGGCCAGCACUAUUCACAUGAGCAGUUCUGCCCAAUCCAAGAGCAGCAAGAAGUAUACAACAGAUAAGAAGCGGUGCUGCCAUCUUGGAUGGCAGAAGAGAACCCUGGCAAUUGAUGGCUCUGCAGCUGAAAAGAUGAAAAGGAGGUCACCAUGUAAGAGUUCUGUUCAUUCGCCAUUUAACGUAAACUAUUUUUCUUGAACCGGAGGGUCGCUUUAAAUGAUAAAAUCCUGGCUUUCUACAGCCACCACUAGGAGGAGCUCACUGCAUAUGAUGUAAUUAUUGAUUUUAAUGCAUAAAAUGUAUCCAGGAGGCAUCCACCUAGUGGUUGCUGCUGGAAAUUCCAGCUACCGUACAUCCUCUUCCUUCCCCUUCUGCUGCAAUGUGGAUAUGGUGCUCUUCUCUUUGGUUUCCAAGGGGGCCUCAACAGACUUCUGUGUAAGAACGUACAUAAGCGAUGAGGUCACGUGACAGGAAGUCCAUGCACAGAAGAGUUAACCUGGCUCUACACAUUAAUGUCUGCCACCUGUCAAUUUCAGCAGUACUAAUCGACCUUCUAACGUGAAUAGGGACCCUUCCUACUGCCCUCCGAUGGCAAAUAUCGUGGUAGGGAAGGCUUGAGCAGUUGACCUUCAGAAUGUCCAGUCCUUUGUUCUCAGGGAGAUAAGCUGUUGCUGGGUGUCUUGUAGCAUCUUUCUCACCUCUCCUCAAGUUUGUGUGAACUGAGCAUGCAUGUGAGGCUUAUUUUUUGCAA